AUGAGCUUCAAUGGCCUUCUGUGCCAGCAAUGCAAAGAACCGCUGCAGCUAGAUGCCUCGUUAAUCGACUUGGCCCCUUCUGCGUAUGACAUGAUAGUGGCGUCCUUGCCACCGGACAAGUCAACACAUGCGAACCCCGCCUCGGAAACUGAGCAACUUGCGCGGCUUACAUCUCCCUCAUCCUCCUCGGCGAAAUCUGUCUGGCAGCACUCCAAGAAUAACACUCCUUCUGGGUCUCUUCCUCGUGCUCAAGGCAAACACACUCAGCGAGGCUCGCUUCCCAAUGAGUCCUUUGUGCUCCUCCAGGACAGCAUCGUUCGCACCAUACCGCCUUCAAUGGUUUCCCCGACAAGAUCGAAAAGAAGUUCGGUGACGUCUCCGCGGGCAACUUCUUCACUGAACGUUGAACGACAAGCUACGGAGCCGGAGCAUCCCAACCCGGCACCUUUGACACAUCACCUCAGGUCUACCUUGCGCCUGUUCAAUCUUCUCUCAUCACGCACUGACAUAGACCAUCCGCUCUGUGACGAAUGUACACAAAUAAUAUUAGCCUCGCUGCAGCGGCAGUUAGAUGAAACAAAGAAGGAACGGGAUGGCUAUAUUGCUUUCGAGAAGGAGGUCAGGAAAGAGAGGGAUCGUGAUGUGCAAGGAUUGAGCAAAGAGGAGAUGGAGAAGAAGAUCGACAAAUUGGGAGAUGAGGAGCGGGCGGCCGUUGAGCAGCUCAAAGCAGCCGAACGAGAUAAAGAGAAGCUAGAGGAGGAACUGCGCGCUCUUGAAGCCGAAGAAAUGGCGUUGGAGGAGGAGGAAGCUGAAUUCUGGCGAGCUCAUAAUGAGCAUCUCUUAGCCGCCGAUCAGCAAGCAGCUCAACUGGCCGGACUGCGUGCCGCCUAUGCUGCGGACUCGGCUACGCUUGAAAGGCUAGAGCGAGCCAACGUCUACAACGAUGCCUUCUGUAUAGGCCACGACGGAGUCUUUGGUACUAUCAAUGGGCUACGUCUCGGACGUGUGCCAGGCGUACCAGUUGAGUGGGCCGAGAUCAACGCUGCAUGGGGACAGACCAUCCUAUUGCUCUAUACCAUCGCCAGAAAGCUGGAUUAUACGUUUGAGAACUACCGAUUAAUUCCCAUGGGCACGUUCUCCCGUAUCGACAAGACCACUGGUGACAAGGCUACCUACGAACUCUAUGGUUCUGGUGAUCUACACCUCGGACGUCUACUGCACAACAGACGUUUCGAUAUCGCCAUGGUAGCGUUUCUCGAUUGUCUAAAGCAUCUCAUUGACCAUGUCAAAUCUCAAGACCAGACGGUAGAAUUUCCUCAUCAAAUUGUCAAAGACAGAAUUGGAGAUGUAUCGGUGAAAAUGCAGUUCAAUCAAGAGGAUCAUUGGACUAGGGCAUUACGACAUGUGUUACUCGCGUUGAAGAUUUUACUCAAGUGGACGACUAACGGGUCCAAUGGCUGA